GGGGCGGGCCGCGCCAGGAGGGCAGCGUGGAGGCGAGGUGGGCGGGCCUCAUGCAGAUAAGGGGGUGGGGCCCGCCUGCAGGCCCGAGGAGCACUCUACCGGCCGCAGCCGAGAACCGGAAGGCAUCCGGCCCUUUCUUUUACUGGAGCGGACCCGCGGACGCAGCUGCCUUGUCCGCCGGUGCCGAUGCGUGCCGCGGUCGCCUUGUCGGAGGCCGACCAGCUGGCUGCUACCCGAGUCGGGCCGAGCAUGGGCAACCACUCGGGACAUCCGGAAGAUCCUGAGCCAGUGGCUGUUCCAACAACCAAACGGACAGGCAUCCCAACUCCCCGGGAACUCUCAGUAACUGUCUCAAGAGAGAGGUCUGUGGCACGAGGGCCCUCCAACCCAAGGAAAUCAGGGUCCAGUCCAACUUCCUCCUGCACUCACACCCCUACUAAGCACCUGAGGACCACUUCUGGAAAACUAAAGCAAGAGAACGAAGGGGGAGAGAAGGCUGUGCUUGAAUCCCAAGUUCGGGAACCUAUAGCAGAAGCCAAAACCAAAGAUAAUGAAAUCAACAGGCUUCGAAGCGAACUAAAGAAAUCCAAGGAAAGAAUGGCCCUGAGCACCGAGGGGACUGAUGCUUCAGAUCAAAGUUCAGAUGGAACAUCAGUUCCACCAGGAAACACAGAACCUUUGAUAAGAACCCUUGAAGAGAAGAACAAAGACCUUUCAGAAAGAGCUUGCUGACCUAGAAGAAGAUAACCAGAUCUUGAAGGAAAAACUGACUUACCUUGAGCAGUCACCAAAUUCAGAAGGGGCAGCAAGUCACACUGGUGAUAGCAGCUGCCCAACAUCUGUAACUCUAGAGUCAAGCUUUGGAAGCCCAACCGGAAAUGAACUGUGAAGUGAAAUUGAUGAGUAUAAGAAAAACACAUAUGGAAAUACGUUACGGACAUCCGGUUCUUCAAGCAGUGAUGUUACCAAAGCUUCUUUGUCACCAGAUGCCUCAGAUUUUGAGCAUAUCAUCACUGAUACCCCGUCUCGGCCCCUGUCCUCCACCAGCAACCCUUUUAAGAACUCCAAGUUUUCAACCACUGGGAAUUCUCCAAACAAUGCAAGUGAGCUGUCCCUUGCUUCCCUUACAGAAAAGAUACAGAAGAUGGAAGAGAAUCACCACAGCACUGCAGAGGAGCUACAGGCCACUCUACAAGAGUUAUCA